AUGUAUAUAGCAUGCGAAGUUGCUGUGUUAGACGAGGUGGAUUGUCCCUCUAAUGUCACUUCAUCGACUGCUUCAGUUCGCAUUUCUCAUUUGGGUACACCUGUAGAGACCGCUCGUAUUUGUCGCGAUUUGGUCACCCGAAACUCCCUCGGUUAUGGUUACGUGAACUUCGGGGAACCCAAAAAUGCCGAGCGCGCCCUAGAAAAUUUCAACUGUGAGUCGUUCACGGGGCACCCUAUCCGUAUUUUGUGGUCUCGGAACGACUCUUCCCUUCAAAAAUCCGGAAGGAACUUGGAUAGGACCAUUUAUCAGAAGCAACUUAACGAUGGCUUCAGUUUCAUCGACAGAAUACUCUCGUGCAAGAUUGCUAUGGACGAACACGGAAAUUUGAAAGGGUAUGGGUUUGCACAUUUUGGAAAAGAGGAGUGUGCUGAACGCGCCAUUGAGAAAAGUAAUGAAUGA